AUGCUCCUUAAUAGUCAUCAUACUUCAUCACUCCUUACUGGAAACAUCAUCCUGAUUCUUGCUUUACUGAGCCCUUGCCUUGAUGAAGUCCUAUCAACAACAAUACCCAACACUCCCCAAUUGCCGUAUUUCACCUCCAAGCAAACCCUUCCCCAAUAUGCCUUGGAUUUCGCCCCAUUGGUCUAUCUGCAUUCGCAAGAAGUCUUUUGGCCCUCAGACUUGAAUCGGCACCUUGAUAAUGUUCAGCCUCAGAUUAACUUCACCACUGUUAAGAGUUAUCUUAGAGAAACCCAAACCACUCAAGACUUUCUGGGAUCAAGUAAUCUUCAAAGGAUCUCCCCUAGCCAACAAGAAAUCACUUAUCUCAGCUCCAAAAACCCAAUAUUCGACUUAGAUUAUGCUUCAUGGCUUCGAGGUGCUGGUCCACCAGACAAGCGUGGUAGAUCAUCCGCUUGCGCGAUUAUCAUUGCUGUUGAUAAAACUCAGCAAGUUGGGCCCGGCUGGGUGGAUGUGUUUUAUUUAUUCUUUUAUUCGUAUAAUCGCGGGAACUACUUCAACGGAAAUCGAUUUGGGGACCACGUCGGAGAUUGGGAAAAUACGAUGAUCAGGUUCAAGAAUGGUAAGCCGAUGUACGUUGCACCCGAGGCACACGGCGGUCGGGUGAUGCUAGGCGACUCCGCGUUCAAUUACAAUGUACUUGAACACCUCAAUGGACGACCGGUAGUAUACGCCGCCAAUGGGACCCACGGAAUGUACCCUCAACCAGGUCAGCAAAACUAUACCGGUCUGCCGGUUGCGAUUUACGAUGUGACCGACAAGGGACACCUUUGGGACCCGACGUUGAACUACAAGUCCUUCUUCUUCUCCAAUGAGCACGGCUUCUCUUACACCGCCGACACGCCCCUCAAACUGCAAUCCCGUCAAAGGCUGGGAUGGUUGAGAUUCUUGGGCUAUUGGGGCGACCAAAAACCCGAACUUUCUAAUCCGCAUCAAACUUGCAUCGGUACAAUGUGCUUUUACGAAGGCGGCCCCCUCGGACCGCAAUCGAAAUCGUUAUCAAGAGGCUGGAUAUGUGGAAGUUCAGACUGUCAGCCCCAAUCAACCUUACCAACAAUGUUCCGGCCAGGUGGUCAAAGAGCCAACUCUCCUUAUAGUAGCAGUUGGACAAACAGAUUGAACUUUCUGUCUGGGGUGCUCCUCACAUUCCUAACAGCUUAUGCAAUUCAUCUUACGUGA